GCAGGAGCAGAAGGAGCACCUGCAGGAGCAGAAGCAGCAUCUGCAGGAGCAGGAGCAGCAUCUGCAGGAGUAGAAGUAGCAUCUGCAUCAUCUGCAGCAUCAUCAUCUGCAGCAUCAGCAUCUGCAGCAUCAGCAUCUGCAGCAUCAGCAUCUGCAGCAUCAGCAUCAGCAAUGAACGCCAGCAAGAGUGGUAUGAUGCUGCAGCAGAUGAGCAUCACGAGACACAGGAAGAUGACGUGCAGCAGCAGCAGCAGCAGCAGCAGCAGCAGCAGCCUUAAUAAUAAUAAUAACAACAACACCACCAAUUGCAAUAAUAGCAGCAACAGCAGCAGCAGCAACAGCAGCAGCAGCAACAGC